GUAUUCUAGGACAUUGAACAGAGUAGCGAAGCUAGAAGAGCAAUAGCCGCUAAUGGGAAGGUUUUCUCUAUAGCAAAGCAACAGUUACUUCUUCUGAGGUUUCAAUCAACUUCUCACCACUCUGAAAUGUCGUCUUUCGCGUUGAAGCUUUCUUCGUUUCUCUUGUCUUCGUCGGCACAAUCUCCUUCUUCUUCUGCUACGACUUCGUAUCUGCCGCUGCCCCCUCCCUUCCGAUUCCCAAGAACACAAUUCAAUUCUAGAGGAAGAAUCACAGUCACCGGAGGCACCGAAAAUAACAAAAACAAUUCUCCUAUUUCCGGCGAUUCCAAACCCCCCAAUGGAACACUGCCUAAGACUAGGAAGGAGAUUCUUCUGGAGUAUGUGCAGAAUGUGCAGCCUGAAUUCAUGGAGUUGUUUGUCAAGAGAGCCCCACAGCAGGUAGUUGAAGCGAUGCGUCAGACAGUGACAAAUAUGAUUGGAACUCUACCUCCACAAUUUUUUUCUGUGACAGUCACCACCGUUGCUGAAAACUUGGCACAGCUGAUGUACAGUGUCUUGAUGACUGGAUAUAUGUUUAGGAAUGCUCAAUACCGGCUGGAAUUGCAACAGAGCUUGGAACAAGUUGCUCUUCCUGAACCACAAGAGAAAAAUGAUGCUUCGGAUUAUGCACCAGGAACACAGAAAAAGGUAUCAGGUGAAGUCAUAAGAUGGAACAAUGUCUCGGGUCCCGAAACAAUUGAUGCAGUGAAAUACAUAGAGCUUCUUGAAGCAGAAAUUGAAGAGCUUAACCGUCAAGUAGGAAGAAAAUCUUUAAAUGGACAGAAUGAACUAUUGGAAUUUUUAAAAACUCUGGAGCCCCAAAAUAUCAAGGAGCUAACAAGUACUGCUGGAGAGGAUGUUGUGCUGGCAAUGAACACAUUCAUAAAACGUUUGUUGGCGGUUUCUGAUCCUAACCAAAUGAAGACUAGCUUAACAGAAACAAGUGCUCCUGAACUUGCAAAGCUACUAUAUUGGCUUAUGGUAGUUGGUUAUAGUGUCCGUAACAUUGAAGUUCGUUUUGACAUGGAUCGGGUACUUGGUACUUCUCCAAAACCUGCAGAGCUCCCCCCAGGUGAAAACAUUUAGAUGAAUUGAAGCUUCAAGCCAUGCUAGAAUCUGCAAUCUGGAGUAACAAAUUUUACCAAUCUUUCAUUAAGGUAGCAUUUAAACUGUCAUUGUUCUCGUUUAGAUAUAUAGAACAAACAGCUCUCUCUUUGGCCUUAAAUAUUGACUAUUUUAUUUGCCUUGAAGAAACACAGAUGCAUUUUGUUAAGGUUUUGUAGCAUUAUGUGAAACUUUCAAUGAAGUUAAGCUUAAUAAUAUAUUCAAAUUAGUUUC